GAUUGAAAUUAAUGAGACUUUUAAUGAGUAUAAAAAGAUAGAAUCUUAGUAACUCUCAAUUAACAUAUGUUGGUGUUUAUUAAAAUGGAAAGAAAUAACAAAGGUGGAUUGUAAAUUAUUAUAAUUGUGAAAUGUAAUUCUUUAAGUUUAUUUUAGUGGAGGAGGAUAUUAUGAUAAUUUUGGAUAAAAAAUUAAUUAGUGGGUUGAGCUACAUGAAAAUUUUGGAGGGUAAUAAUUGAUUUAAUUAAGAAGGGGAUGUGAAGUUGUUUAUAAGGGAUUUUACAAAUUUGGAAAGAAAUUUGGUAAUUGGGAAAUAAUGCAUAGAUAAGAUGCAGAUAAUUAAUUUUAAGUGAUGUAUGAGGAUUCAAUUAUUCUAGUGGGUAUUAAAUAUUUAAUGAAUUUGGUUUGAAAAAUGGAAUUUAAAUAGAACUACGUGAAAUAUUCUUAAAGUAAUAAAAAAGAUAUUUCAAUAGCGAUUAUUAGAUAAUUUAUGUUGGAUCAUAUAAAAAUGGAAUAAAAUCUGGUUAUUGGGAAAUUAAAUAUAGGGAAAGCCAUAGAGAUUAAUUCAUUAAAAUGUAUACAUAUAUUUUGUUUUCAGUGGUGAAGGAUAUUAUAAUGAAAAAGGAUUGAAAGUUGGAAUAUGGAUAGAUAUUGAUGAUGAUUUCCAUAAGUACUAUUGGACUAAAAUAUAGUUUUAAUAAAUAAAUAAAUAUUGGAUUAUAUACAUAAGGAGAAAAGUCAGGAUAAUUUAUUGUAAAAGAGUUAGAAUGA